AUGGGCGCCUCUGGCAGCGCCCCGGCCACCCCGGCCGCGCCCCGCAACAAGCACCUGGCUCACGUCACCGAUCCCCGCUCCCCCACCGCCGGCAUCCUGCGCACCCCCAUCGAGGUGGUGAGCUCCCCAGCGGGCAGCCCGCAGCCCAGCCCCGCCGAGGCGCCGGCGGGCACCGGCCAGGAGCGGGACCCACGGUCGCCCACGCCCGGCAUCUCCCGCACGCCCAUGAGAGCCGUGUCGAGUGACAGCGUGGAUCGCCUGGUGAAGCAGCUCAGCGAGGCCUUCGGGGCCGAGGCCGCGGCCCCCGAGCCGGCGCCUCCGGGAGCGGCGGGCCCCGCCGAGGAGCCGGCCCAGCGGAGUGCCCCGCCCGCGGGCCAAGGGGCGGAGGGGCCGCCCUCGCCCAGCACGGCCCGGCCCGCCCGCCCGGCCGAACACGGCCUCGCCUCGGUGAGCAAGCCCGUGAGACACAAGCCCAGCAACAAAUUCAUGGCAACAUCUGGAGGAACUGGCCGCUCUCCCCUCAGCAUUCUACGAGAUGAUAAUUCCCCCAGUGCUCCUGCCCCUCGCCAGGGCAAGAGGCACGUGCUGGGAGAGAACCUUGGGGAGAAGGAAGUGGAUCUGAGCAGAAGCCUUAAAUCUGGGAACUGUGCUUGGAGUGACUUGAACAAGGAGAACCAGCAGUGCCCUUUUGUGGAGAACUAGACGUUUCUUUUUUUCAGGAUGUUGCUAUAAUUUGCUCCUAUGUUUUGAGAAUUUUCUAGAGGGAAGAAAUCCUACAAUAGACUGAAACCCCAAAGCAGUGGUCACAUUUCUCACCUAUCCCUGCUGGGGAAAGAUUUCUCCCUCCUCUUCCCAGUUUGUCAUGUGUAAUGUACAGCACAGUC